AUGGUUCCCAGCAUCAGCGAAAGAAGAUUGGUAGUCCUGUUCACUGAAGGACUAAUGGAACCUCUCAAAGGCUGGUUGAAAGCCUUUGACCCUCCCUCUCUACAAGAAGCAAUGAAAAAAACAAGAGGGAUGGAAUUUGCAGCACCUACCAGCAAGUUCUCUUCGAAAGGAUCUUCUUCCUAUAGUGAUAAUAAGAAGUUUCAGAAGAAGGAUGACCGAGCUAAGGAGAAGUCCACUUUUCCUCUUGAUCGUGAGACAUUGAAUGAUUUGAGGAAGAAGAAAUUAUGCUUCUAUUGUAAGGGGCCUAAUGAUGCUAACCAUGAUUGUCCCUUAAGGCCUAAGGGAAAAGCAAACAGAGUUAUGUGGACACUAUAUGAAGGAUCAGAUUCUGACCAGAAAACUGAUGAUGAAGAUUUCGAGUCAAAAAAGUCAGAACAAGUAGGAGAAGUUGAACCUAAGGUGAAACUCAAGGAGGCUCACCUCACUAGCAUUCAUCGUGAGGGCUCUUUUAGGAUGAGAGGUGUUCUUGCUGGGCAGAAAAUCAUCACACAUCUUGACACUGGCGCAACCCAUAAUUUCAUUGAUGCAAGGCUUGUGGAAAGACGGGGCAUACACACUGAGGAUUUUGAGGGGAUAAGAGUGAAGGUUUCUAAUGGUUACACUCUUAAGUGUGACAGGAUGAUACCUAACUUGCCUAUGCGCUUGAAUAAUUUUGAAUUCAAGGCAGAUUUCUAUGUUGUGAAUAUGGGUGACACUCUUAACUGUAACAGGAUGAUACCUAACUUGCUUAUGCGCUUGAAUAAUUUUGAAUUCAAGGCAGAUUUCUAUGUUGUGAAUAUGGGUGACACCGAUAUAGUUCUAGGCAUGACAUGGCUGCAUGAUAUUGGCAUAUUUACUCUCAACCUUUGUGAGAUGGAAAUGAGGUUUGAGAUGGAUGGAAAGAUACAUGUGUUGAAGGCACUCCGGGACACCAGCUACAGGUGUAUUUCAUUCAAGAGGAUGGAACGUCUCUUACGUCAUUACAUGGCCGAGUGGGCAGCAGGAUGUGUUUUGAAACCUAUGCAAGAGGAACAACAAAAGCCCAUCUAUCCACCUGACAUCCAGGAGCUGAGGAUUAAGCAUGACAAGGUCUUCAGUGAGAUUCCACCUGGAGCACCUCCUGGUAGAGGAAUUGAACACAUCAUUGAGUUCGAGGAAGGGGCUAAGCCAGUGAUAAUCACUCCCUACAGACAUCCCAAACAGUUCAAGGAUGAGAUAGAGAAAACCAUCAAGGAACUGUUAGCUAUGGGACAUAUCCGACCUAGUAAGUCACCUUUUGCUUCAUCUAUAGUUUUCGUCAAAAAGAAAGAUGGAACAUUGCGUAUGUGCAUAGACUACAGAUUGCUGAAUAGGAAGACCAUCAAGAAUAGGUAUCCAAUUCCUAGAAUUGAUGAGUUGAUUGAUGAGCUCCAUGGUGCACAAUAUUUUUCUAAGAUUGACUUAAGGUCAGGCUAUCACCAGAUACGAGUUAGGGAGCAAGACAUUGAGAAGACAACAUUCCGAUGUCAUUGUGGUCAUUUUGAGUUUGUGGUUAUGCUAUUUGGGCUAACCAAUGCACCUGCCACUUUCCAAUCCACAAUGAAUAGGGUAUUUCAUUCUCAGCUGCGGAAAUUUGUGCUAGUCUUCUUUGAUGACAUUUUGGUGUACAACAGGACUUGGGCAGAACACAUUGCACAUCUAGAUACUGUUUUGGGUAUUCUUGGCAAGGAGUCUCUUUAUGCCAAGGAAUCCAAGUGUGACUUGGGCAUGACACAGCUGCUUUAUUUGGGUCACAUCAUCAGUGCAGAGGGUGUACCCAUGGAUCCCGAUAAGGUCAAGGCGAUUGUAGAAUGGCCUACCCUUGAGAAUUUGACAUAG